GACGUAGCUGAAAUGAGAAAAAGGCAACAGGCACAAAAUGAAGAAACAUCUGCUGUGUCUCAAGCACCUGGAAACCAAAGGCCCAAUAACACGUGUUGCUUCUGCUGGUGUUGUUGUUGCAGCUGCUCAUGCCUCACUGUUAGGAAUGAAGAUAGAGGGGACAGUACAGGAAGGCCAACACACACAACGAAAAUGGAGAGUAUCCAAGUCAUAGAAGAGUGCCAGAACCCUACUGCAGAUGAAAUUCUGUCUUGGGCUCAAAAUUUUGACAAGAUGAUGAAAACACCAGCUGGUAGGAAUAUUUUCAGAGAGUUUCUUCGAACAGAGUAUAGUGAAGAAAACCUGCUGUUCUGGCUAGCAUGUGAAGACCUGAAGAAGGAACAGAAUAAGGAAGCUAUUGAGGAAAAAGCAAGGCUCAUAUACGAAGACUACAUUUCAAUACUAUCCCCAAAAGAGGUUAGUUUAGAUUCACGGGUACGAGAAGUAAUCAACAGAAAUUUAUUGGAUCCCAAUCCUCAUAUGUACGAAGAUGCUCAACUUCAGAUCUACACAUUAAUGCACAGAGACUCUUUCCCUAGGUUUUUGAACUCUCAGAUUUAUAAGUCUCUUAUUGAAAGUACUACGGGGUCUACUUCUGAAACUUAG